AUGCCCAUGAAAGAGCCCUCGCAGUCGAUGGCGACGGGGAUCAUCAUCGGCAUCACAGUCGCGGGCGUGUUCUUCCUUCUGAUCGUCAUCACGCUGCUGCACUGGUGCUCGCGAAGGAUGCACCCCCGGAAGAUCAUCGGCGGCAGCGGCGAAGGCGAAGGAGGGCACUACGCCAGGGGCCAUCGGAGCAGCGAUGAGAGCACAAGGGUUAGCGAGAUGAGUGAAGUUGACGGUGACGGCGGUGGACAGGUGGACAUGGUGGACAUGGUGUAA